CAUCUCUCCCUCCCCCCAGUGAAGAACAAGAUGGUAUACCGGGCCAAGGCCUGCAUCAUCAUGCAGAAGACGAUCCGUAUGUGGCUCUGCCGGAGGAAACACAAACCACGCAUCGACGGUCUGGUGAAGGUGCGCAGCCUGAAGACCAGGAUGUCUCGCUUCACGGAGGUGGUGGGCGGGCUGAAGGAGGGCCAGCAGGAGAUGAGCCGGCAGGUCCUGGAGCUGGAGGCCUCCAUCGACCUGCUGAUGGCCAAGAUCAAGAGCACCAUGAUGUCCCGUCUGGACAUCGACCACGAGCACCAGGCCCUGGUGGGGCGCUCUGAGAAGCUGCUGACCGCCAUGCAGAACAAGAAGAAGGAGGAGGAGGAGCGCGAGCGGCUGAAGCGCAUCCAGGAGGACAUGGACCGCGAGCGGCAGCGGAGGGAGGAGGAGGAACAGCGCCGCCGGCAGGACGACGACGACCGCAGACUGAAAUCGGAGAUGGAGCAGAAGAGGAAGGUGGAGGAGGAGGAGAGGAAGAAGAGGGAUGAGGAGGAGAGGAUCAUCCAGGUGGAGAUGGAGGCGCAGGUGGAGGCGGAACGGGAGGAGGAGAAUUCCCGGCAGGCGGUUCAGGAGCAGGAGCGCCGGGACCGGGAGCUAGCGCUCCGGAUCGCCCAGAGCGAGGCGGAGCUCAUCCCCGAGGAGACGCAGGCCGACGCGCUGCUGCGCAGUAACGGUUCAUCAGGUGCCCCAUCAUCUCCAGACCGAGCCGCUGCCGGUGCCGGCGGGAAGUUGAAGGGUUUGACCAUGGAGGAAAUGGCCAUGGAAAUGACCGAGAUCCUCGCUAGGGGGCCGCUGGUGCAGGCGUCCAAGGCGGCGGCGGGCGUGAAGAAGUACGAGCUGAGCAAGUGGAAGUACGCCGAGCUGCGCGACGCCAUCAACACCUCCUGCGACAUUGAGCUGCUGGCCGCCUGCAGGGAGGAGUUCCACCGGCGCCUGAAGGUCUACCACGCAUGGAAGUCCAAGAACAAGAAGCGUAACACGGACGGACCCGACCUGCGCGCCCCCAAGUCCAUCACCGACUACGGUCGCAUCACGCCAGCCAAGGCAGCAUCCCAGGCCAACCCGGCCCCGCCCCUCCCGGUGCGGCAGCAGGAGGUGGCCAUGAACCGGCAGCAGCGGUACUUCCGCAUCCCGUUCAUCCGGCCGGGGGACCAGUACAAAGACCCCCAGGGCAAGAAGAAGGGCUGGUGGUACGCCCACUUCGACGGGCCCUGGAUCGCACGCCAGAUGGAGCUGCACCCCGACAAGCAGCCCAUCCUGCUGGUGGCCGGGAAGGACGACAUGGAGAUGUGCGAGCUGAGCCUGGAGGAGACGGGGCUGACCCGGAAGCGCGGCGCGGAGAUCCUGGCGCGGCAGUACGAGGAGAUCUGGGAGCGCUGCGGCGGCGUGCAGUACCUGCGCAGCGCCAUCGAGAGCAAGCAGGCGCGCCCCACCUACGCCACCGCCAUGCUGCAGAGCCUGCUCAAGUGAGGCGGGGC